AUGAAUAGAAAACUGCAGCUCCUAGUUGCCUUUCUGGUAAAUGGAUAUUUCAUUAUGGAGGUGCACUCUCUAGUUGAGUUUACGAACAUCAAGUGCCAGUCAGUGGAUAAGAACUUUUCCAAGUUUGAAACGUGUCGGCUAAAGUCCAUAAAUCGAACUUAUAAAUACUUUUCGGUAAAGGUCAAUCUCUUGAAGCUUCCCAUAACCAAUGCUCAGAUAAAUGCGGCACUUUAUAAGCGAUUUAAUGGCUAUAAGCCCUUUCUCUACAAUGUAACUGUGGAUGGAUGCAGAUUCAUAGCGAAUCCAAAUUCAAAUCCAGUCGGGAAAUACCUCUACUACGCCUUUAAGAAUGUAUCGAAUGUCAACCAUUCUUGCCCCUAUAACCAUGACCUUGUGAUUGAUAAGCUAUCAACUAAGAUUAUAAACGACCGAAUGACUUAUCUUUUGCCUUUUCCCGAAGGAGACUAUAUGAUUAAAAUGAACUGGAUGGCCUUUAACGUCAGUCGAGCUAUUUUCCAACUUUAUUUUUCACUGGCCAAUAGGCUGUAAAACAUGUAAUUUUUGUUUUAAUUUUGUUCAAAAAUCUAUAUAGAGUUUCUAUGCGGGAUUUU